AUGAAAGAACUUGUUACAUUAAUUACUGGUGGUUUAUCAGGUCUCGGUCUUGCUUGUGUAAGGAGAUUUGUACAUAAGCUACAUGCACAUGUUAUCAUAUGUGAUUUACCAUCAGCAUCUUCAUCAUCUAUUCCUGGUUCAUCAUUAUUUCUACCAACUGAUGUUACAUCUGAAUUGGAUGUAAAAAAUGUUUUUGAUCGUAUUCGAAUAGAUUUCGAUUUUAAUCGUAUAAUUGACGUUAAUACUAAUGGAACAUAUAAUAUGAUUCAGCAAAUGAUUCCAUUAAUGAUAAAUAAUGGAGUAAUUAUAAAUACGUCAUCUGUAGCUGCAUUUGAAGGACGACGUGGACAAACAGCCUACGCUGCAUCAAAAGGAGCUAUUGCAGAAAUGACUCGACCAUUAGCAGAAGCAUUAGCACCGAUGAAUAUUCGUGUAUGUUCUAUAGUUCCUGGUGCCUUCGAUACACCACUAUUGUGUAGAUUACGUGCAAAAGUUCCUAAUACACCAGGAAAUUUUCCACUCUUUCCUGCUCGACUUGGUGAUCCAGAUGAAUUCGCACAAUUUGCUCAAGCAAUUGUAGAAAAUCCUUUAUUGAAUGGUAUUAAUAUUCGACUUGAUGCUCUUCUUCGUAUGCCACCUUAG